UCUACAGUACAGAAGAAAUCAUUGAAGAAGUCAUUCUUAAAGAAGGGCAAGUCCACCACUACUCCUCUUUCUAUGAAGAAGCAUAUACACUCCCCUUCCUCUGCUAAUACCAAUGAGGAUGAUAUUAAGGAUGAAGAUGAUGAUGAUAAUGAAGACAAUAAAACUAAUACUGUACUACCCAGCACGCCGAUCCUCUCACUCCGUCAUAGGUCUUAGCAGCUCGACUAG